AUGUUAAACUGCGCUGGUUUGCUGGAUCUUUCUUGGUUGGACAACUAUGCCGUGAUUGGAGCCCAAGCGAAUGGUGAAGCAAUCGUGUGGCAUUUUCACGAAUCCUAUCGGACGGAAAUCUCGUCAUCGAAAUAUCACGUUUCUGACACACUUUUACUGUCUACACAGGUCAUGCACAACAAACACGAUGUGGGUGUCUGCAGUGUGGUAGCCCAACCGAUGGCAGAAAAUGUCCUCUCUACGGGAUGUUACGAUGGUUUUCUACGCCUCUGGGACUUGAGAAUGCCAAGUGAACGCGUUCCCGGUCGAUCCGAUCCAGUAUUAUUGCUUUGUUCAACUGGUGGUGGUGGUGUGUGGCGUCAAAAAUGGCUGGCCGACCGAUAUGUCCUGAUGGCUGCUAUGCAUACUGGAUUUAUGAUAAUCGGUCCGCUGUGUUCGACGCAGUUUGGUGGUAAUACGGUACAAAUUGAACCACUGGCUUGUUACCGACCAUCAGCCAAAUUGGCCUACGGCAUCGAUUGCUUUGAGCAAAAUAGUGCAGGCGUGACUACCGACCAACAGCUCCGUGCCGUUGUUGCAACCUGUUCAUUCUAUGAUAAUACUGUUGAUUUUUCGCAACUUCUUUUACCAGCAGUUUUGAGGGAAUAA